AUAGAUUAUUUCUAAACUUUAAGUAAAGCCAGUCAAGUCAACCAAAAGGAAUAUUAAUUUCGUUUCUACGUAUAUUGUUACAAAGAUUAAUAUCUGCCUUAAAUGGAGCUAUUUGUGAACAUAUCAUCGCCAGUUUUUGAAUGGAGCUGACAUAAUAAGCUCUUGAGAACUUAUUUUCAUCGUUUUGGGCGGCAAGAUUUUUUUAUCUGUUAACCAAUGUUGGAAGAAACAGAAACAAUAAAACUUGCACCAUUUAUCCACGAAUCAUUAAAAGUAAACUAUCAUAUAGAUAUAACUAUCGAUGACACUUCAGCGUGUCCUACCUGUACUAGCUCCACCCGCAACAAACUUAUCUGCAGGUUUUGUUUGUGUUUACGUUUUAAACAGACCGAAGAUGGACUUACUUUCACACUUCCGGAUUUAGCUUCAGAAUUUGUGUCAACAAGUUACUACUUUCAAAAGUCGGAUCUUUUUUAAAGGUGGAUUAAAAAUGAAUUCAGAUGACGAUAAACCGUACGAGGCGUUGCAGAAUGGUGCACGCCAAAGGAAGCCAGAUGGCACACCGGAAACCGCCUCUGAAUAUGGAUCUGUUGUCAUCCAAGAGGUCAAGCUGAAAAAAGAGGUCGGUUUGAUUGGAGGGAUUUCUUUAAUUGUGGGAACUAUUAUUGGUUCUGGUAUUUUCAUAUCACCUAAAGGUGUACUUAGUAUGACAGGCUCAGUUGGGCUCUCUCUGAUUGUUUGGGCCGGAAGUGGAGUUUUGGCGUUACUUGGUUCCCUGUGUUAUUCUGAACUUGGUACACUUAUCAGGAAAUCAGGGGGAGAAUACGCCUAUCUUAUGGAAGCGUUUGGACCAAUUCCAGCUUUCCUGUACGCCUGGAAUUCUGUUAUAGUUAUACGACCAUCUUCAAUAGCCAUUAUCUGCCUGACCUUCGCUGAAUACGUCACGACAUUCUUCCCUAACUGCGGAACGCCCCAGAUUCCGAUGAAAAUUGUAGCUGCUGCUGCUAUUGUUACAUUGAUGAUCGUGAACAGCUUGAGCGUUAAGGUGGCAGCCAAGGUUCAGAUCUUGUUUACCGCCGCUAAACUUAUCGCACUCGGGAUCAUCAUUGUCGGCGGCAUAGUUAGACUUGCGCAAGGUCAUACAACUCAGUUUGACAACAGUUUCGAUGGCACAACAAAGUCCCCUUCUAUCAUAGCGUUAGCUUUCUACCAAGCACUGUGGGCCUACGACGGCUGGAAUAAUCUCAACUAUGUUACAGAAGAACUUGACAAACCAGAGAAAAACCUACCACGAGCGAAUAUCAUCGGCGUUGCCUUGGUAACAGUGGUGUAUAUCUUUACAAACAUCUCUUACUUGACUGCAAUGUCGGCUGCUGAACUUCUUGACUCAAAUGCCGUAGCCGUGACAUGGGGUGACCAAGUCCUGCAGAGUGCGGCUGUUAUACUGCCUAUUGCUGUUCUAUUUUCUACAUAUGGAUCGGCCAAUGGAACGGUUUUCAGUGGAGGGAGAGUUGUAUACGUUGCUGGUCGAGAAGGACAUCUUCCAGAACUAUUGUCGUUUGUACAUGUUCGUUUAUUGACACCAAUGCCAUCUAUUAUAUUUACGUGUUGUAUCGCCCUUAUUAUGAUUGGUAUAAGCAACAUUGGAACACUGGUCGAUUUCUUCAGUUUUACGGCGUGGUUAUUUUACGGCAGCACCGUAGCAUCACUGUUAGUCAUGAGAUACACAAAACGCAACGAGAAAAGGGUUAUUAAGCUACCAAUAGUUAUCCCGAUUUUAUUUCUGCUGUGUGCUAUAUACCUUGUGAUAGCCCCUAUUGUAGAGGACCCACAGAUACAGUUUCUUUAUGCUGCAAUAUUUGUUGUCGGGGGACUACUUUUCUAUUUUCCUCUGGUCCAUUUCAAGCUCGUGUCUGUCGACAAGUUGACAAUGUAUAUUCAGAUGUUGAUGGAGAUUGCACCUUCACAGUACAUGCCAGACGAUUAGAACAACUCUCACAGAUACUUUAAUAUAUACUGCUAAAUAUAUCGUCAGUUCAAACUAGUGGCAAUGUCGAUCCUCCAUAGUAAAGCCGUUCAACGGAGCCACUAUCGACUUUUAUGUAUGCAUGUACUUUUUACGUGGAAAAUGUAUUUGAAAAAAAAAGAACAUUCCACAGCACGAUGUAUGUCAUUCUGUCUCUUUUUAGCCUUUACAUUUUACAGUCGAUACUUAAUUUGUGCUUUAUGCACAAGUUACAAUAAAUAAGGAAAUUCAAAUUCAGUCGUUCUCAAUCACUUCAGUUCGUUCACAUGCACCUAUUUUGUUAGUACAUAUUCCAGACUUUUCCAAGAUCAGCACGGAUGCAAUCUCAGCUUACAGAUGUAACAAUAUGGUGCACAAUUGUUGAUAAACUUUUGUAAAUAGUGUCUGCGUUUUUAGUAUGAUCGAGUCAUAUAUAGUUGUAUGAGUGAUAUUCUAUAGUACACUGACUCACAUUUUUUCCAGUCAUGAUAACUCGUAUAGUUUGUAUGAAAUUACCUGUUUAUAGCUUAUCUAAAAUAUUUGAUUGUUUAUACACGUAUAUAAAAAUCUUUAAUUUUGAGUUACGUGGAAAAAAAACGAUUCGCUUUAAAUGAUCAAAAUAACGCAUCUCAAACUGUUUUAUAACGUUUUUUCUUUUCUUCAUAAAUUGCUUCUUUCGGACCAAAAAAAGAAAAUGUUCCUUAUAGACGACUUUUCCCUAUAACCAAGUUUGCUCUUUCCGUAGAUUUCUGUAUGAAAACAGACGACGAAAAUGGGAGAAACAGACUUUUCGUUAUAUCCUAUAUAUCUGAGGUUAAUUGUAUGUAUAGUCAUUUCUAUUGGUGUAAACACUGGCACAUGAUAAAUGAUAAAAAGUUAUAUUGACACAAUGGCGGAGACAGAUGUACAUUUUUUACCUUUAGCUGUGACGUGAUAACAUGAUGAGGUCAUAAAUAUAACGUCGGGGAGAACAACAUUUUGGAUAAAGUUGUCUCAUAAGUUUGAGAAUCUUACUUUAAUGCCUUGUGUAUGUUAUUUGCCCCCAAAGAACUCUUCCAGAUAUUUUGACGUUAAUAAUUUUUAUGAGUGUUUAAUGGCGGAUAUUUAUAAGUACCAAGAUGAAGGUUUAAUGUACAUUUUUGGUGGUUUUAACAGCAGAUGUGGUAGUCUUGAGGAUUUUAUUCCAGGAGUUGAUAGUUUACCUGAUCGGCAAGUGUCAGAUUUUAAAACCAACCAUUAUGUGGAACUUUUUAUUGAAUUUUAAAGUGUAAAUAUGUGUAUUUUGAAUGGUAGAAAUUCUACCCAGAACGAUUUCACUUCAACAUCAACAAAAGGAUUUCAGUUGUUGAUUAUUGUCUUGUUUGUUAUUCAGACUUAGGUAAAUUUUUGAAUUUUCACUGUACACAGAGUUACUGAUUUGGUAAGCCGAUAUGGUAUUUGUUCCAUUGUUUUUUGACAUCAACUAAUGUACCAGAUCAUCCGUUGCUGACUUUGGACAUUGCAAUACGUACAAUAGUUAAACAACAGAGUAAUUGUAGUGAUAAAUUAGAAGAUAAAUACGAAAAGUUUGAUUUC